AUGACGGAUAAGAGCUUGACAUAUCAUACCCUAUUCCUUCGAAAGGCAGCCGAUGCUCGCUUUACAGAUGUAUCGGCAUCGAGGUCUUUAUGGUGGGGUAAGAAUGUUCCAGCGACGUUGCACUUCCUAGAAGCCUAUCCUAUCGUCCUGACCUCUGUUUUGAGCGGUGUCACUAAGAAUAUCGGCGAGGACGCCAAAACAUUGGUCAAAAAAUUGCAUGCGCGGUCACAGGCUACGAAGGGCGUCAUGAAGGCCUUCGGGAAAAAGGAUUUACCAAAGAGGGACAAGAAGAAUCUUCAGAAGUAUUGCGAGCAGUUUAAGGAUGCCAUCCCUGCUUCGGCAGAUACUGUUGGACAUGAUAUGGGAUUAGACCUGUAG